AUGUUUGCUUCUCGUCAAUUCACUCGUAAAACACUUAUUCGUACCUUUGCUACUGCUACCAAAAGUCCUAAUGACGUUGUGAUCGCCAGUGCUGUUAGAACACCAGUGGGUUGUUUUGGAGGUUCUUUGAAAUCUCUUUCUGCUACGCAACUCGGUUCUAUUGCUGUCAGAGCUGCUAUCGAAAGAGCAGGUAUCUCGCCCAGUGAUAUUGAGGAAGCAUACAUCGGUAAUGUCCUUCAAGCCAACCUUGGUCAGUCCCCUGCUCGUCAAGCUGUUCUUGGUGCAGGCUGUCCUGAAUCAACCGAGGCAACGACGAUCAACAAGGUCUGUGCCUCAGGUAUGAAGGCAGUUAUGCUUGCCACCCAGGCUAUCAAAAACGGUGACCGUUCUGUGAUGGUCGCUGGUGGCAUGGAAAGCAUGUCCAAUGCUCCCUAUUAUGCCCCUCGUAAUGCUGCAUAUGGACAUCAACAAUUGAAUGAUGCAAUCGUCAAGGAUGGUCUUUGGGAUGCCUAUAAUAACAUUCAUAUGGGUGGAUGUGCUGAAAAUACUGCCACCAAUUACAACAUCACAAGAGAACAACAGGAUGAGCAUGCAAUUGAAUCUUAUAGACGUGCUGCCAAGGCUUGGGAGAGUGGUGUCUUUGAAAAUGAAAUUGCACCUGUUACCGUCAAGAGCAGAAAGGGAGAGACUGUGGUCAAGAUUGAUGAAGAAUAUACCAACGUAAACUUUGACAGAAUCAAGACUCUUCGUCCUGUCUUCAAGAAGGAUGGUACGGUGACUGCUGCUAAUGCCAGUACAUUGAACGACGGUGCCUCUGCUCUUGUUCUGAUGUCCCGUGCCAAGGCAGAAGCUUUGGGCGUGAAGCCAUUAGCUCGUAUUAUCUCUUAUGCUGAUGCUGCUACUAAGCCUAUUGAUUUCACCAUUGCCCCCGCUUUGGCCUUACCUGUUGCUCUUGAAAAAGCAGGAUUAAAGAAGGAUGAUAUCAGCAAGUUUGAAUUAAAUGAGGCUUUUAGUGUUGUUGCUCGUGUGAAUGAACAGCUUAUGGAAUUGGACCCUAGCAAGGUGAACGUGGCUGGUGGCGCCGUUGCCCUCGGUCAUGCCAUUGGUUCUUCUGGUUCUCGCAUCAUUGUCACCUUGACCCAUCUCUUGAAAUCAGGCGAAUAUGGUGCUGCUGCUGUCUGUAAUGGCGGUGGUGCAGCCUCUGCUAUUGUCAUUCAAAGAGAAUAG